CUUUGAUUGUGCAUGUACACAGCUACAUUCAAUGCCCAAAGGAUCACUUACAUUCAUGUUCUACUCCAAGUCUGACUCGUGAGGUUUUGACACCGGUCCUUCAACUGCAUGACUCAAGAGUUUUAAAGCAGCGUUCAGGGCUUUACUCCACGGGGCUCGGAGGACUUGGGACAGCGUUGGCAACCGCAAGCAAGGAGAUGAUAAUUGAGAGCAGGAAGGACAGCUCCUCAGAAAGUGUUGCUGAAUUUCUACACAAACUGCAUAGCUCUGUGAUAUGCCAGGUGCACAGUUGCCGAGCAGAAAGACUUGCACCCUGUAGUGAAGACUGCUACGCACAUUGUUGGGAUGGGGCUCUGACACCUGGACAGUAUCUACACCAACUGCCUGAGAAAGAGAGCCAGCAGCUUGUCGAAAGACAGAAGUCAUCUCAGCCACCCACCGUUUGAACAACUGACUGAGGAAAAACUUCUUCCCCGAAGCUGUGGGCUCCAUCAUACCCCACAACCCCCUACCCCACCCACCCACAACAGUAACUCUGAUAACACACCCACCUUUAGGAAUGACUACAGAUGCAAUAUUGCACCAUUAGAUCCAGCAGAGCGUCUCCUCAGGGACUGCUUUUACAUUGUAUAAAGGAUCCUUUUAUCAUGUUAAUAUAUGUAUGUGGCUGUCCUGCAGAUACUAUGAAAGUAGUACUUGUUUGUGUCAUUUGUAUUUAUGUGUUUGUUUAAAUGUUGAUCCUUGCACAGAUGCCACUCAAAGCUUUGUUGUACCUUGUAAAUUGACAAUAAAGUCCAUUCUGCUAUAUAAAGUCCAUUCUUGUACUUUUUUCGACACACUACUAUGAAAUUUUUUUUUCACUUUUUUUGACAUACUAUACUAUGGGAUUUAUUUUUUUACUUUUUUCGACAUACUAUAUUAUGGCAUUUUUAUCACUUUAUUCGACAUACCAUACUAUGGCAUUUUUACCAUUUUUUCCGACAUACUACACUACGGCGUUUAUUUUUGUACUUUUUUCAACAUACUAUACUAUGGCGUUUUUAUCACUUUUUUCGACAUACUAUACUAUGGCAGUUUUACCAUUUUUUCCGACAUACUAUACUAUGGCAUUUUUACCAUUUUUUCUGACAUACUAUACUAUCGCGUUUUUAUUACUUUUUCCGACAUACUAUACUAUGGCGUUUUUAUCACUUUAUUUGACAUACUAUACUAUGGCAUUUUUAUCACUUUUUUCGACAUUCUAUACUAUGGCGUUUUUACCAUUUUUUCUGACAUACUAUACUAUGGCAUUUUUAUCACUUUUUUCGACAUACUAUACUAUGGCGUUUUUACCAUUUUUUCUGACAUACUAUACUAUGGCGUUUUUACCAAUUUUUUCGACAUACUAUACUAUGGCGUUUAUUUUUUUUACUUUUUUCGACAUACUAUGCUAUGAUACUUUUACCACUUUUUUCGACAUACUAUACUAUGGCAUUUUUACCAUUUUUUCUGACAUACUAUACUAUGGCGCUUUUAUCACUUUAUUUGACAUACUAUACUAUGGCAUUUUUAUCACUUUUUCCGACAUACUAUACUAUGGCGUUUUUAUCACUUUAUUUGACAUACUAUACUAUGGCAUUUUUAUCACUUUUUUCGACAUUCUAUACUAUGGCGUUUUUACCAUUUUUUCUGACAUACUAUACUAUGGCAUUUUUAUCACUUUUUUCGACAUACUAUACUAUGGCGUUUUUACCAUUUUUUCUGACAUACUAUACUAUGGCGUUUUUACCAAUUUUUUCGACAUACUAUACUAUGGCGUUUAUUUUUUUUACUUUUUUCGACAUACUAUGCUAUGA